AUGCCACGGGAAUUCGAUCAGCCAACAUCAAAUCGAACAUUUGUCCUCUCUGCCUUGCAAAACCGUAUCCGCUUGGAUGGAAGGGAUUUUCUUCAAGGGAGGGAUCAUGAGCUCAUCUUCGGGGAGGAUCUUGGCGUGGUUGAGUGUCGGUUGGGAAAGACAAGAGUAAUUGCAGUAGUCAAUGGAGUGAUUGGAAGACCACAACGUGCCGAUAAACCGUAUGAAGGAGCUCUGACUAUCCAUUCAGAGUUGUCUCCAAUGACGGCUCCUAUAUAUGACACAUCCAGACCGACGGAUGAGGAGGUCCUCAUUACACGAAUGCUCGAUAAAGUCUUGCGGAGGAGUCUUGCUGUUGAUCGAGAAUCACUUUGUAUUCUGGCGGGACAGCGGGUAUGGAACCUCAAGUUAACGUUCCAUUUCCUUUCAGAUGAAGGAAACAUGCUCGAUUGCGCAUGUCUCGCAGGCAUAGUAGCGUUACGGCACUAUCGUCGGCCAGACGUAGAAGUUGUAGGGGAGGAACUGAUCGUACAUGAUCCAGCCGAGCGAGCACCCCUCCCUCUCGCCAUCCAUCACAUCCCUAUAUGCGUGACUUUCGCGUUCUUCGAGGAUAGCGCGAAUCCCGUUGUAGAUCCGACUCAUCUUGAAACUGUUCUUUCCUCCUCUCGUCUUCACAUUGCUCUUACUCAUCUUUCGUCUACCUCCCCGACACUUUGCGUCCUCCAAAAGGCUGGAGGGCUUCCCCUAUCGGAAGCUGAGCUAAAGAAAUGCGUGGACGUUGCGAUAUCGAGGGCGAAGGAUCUUGCUGAAUGGCUGGAAGCCGCCAUCGCAAAGGACUGGGAGAAAAGGAAAGUGGUUGUGGAAGUCAGAUGA